UGUAAAGUCUUGUCUGUAGAAUGUUCAGUCAUCGUUUCGCAAUCCUCUGAAAUGUCACUAGCGGUGAAUCGUAAUUUUAAUGAGAGAAUUCGUCCGGAAAUCGCGGUUUUCUUUCAUUCAUUCGCGUGAAAUUAUGAAAUUCCCGGUCUUUUGCGCGCCCUCUAUCGGAAUUCUUGACACCAGUCGACGCGAUGUAGUUGUCUACAUUGACUGAAUCUGUGUCGACAGACCGUGUAGUGCCGUAAAAAAGACAAAGACGUUUGAGUGUGGCAGCGAUUUAGUCCGAAAACAGCCCCAAACCGGCUUUGAAUCCCUUGAUCGAGGUGCUCAGAGCAGCCCCGGCCUCCGAAAUGGGGACGAGUGCGUGAUGUCUAUAAUCAGGACGGCUGUGGAACGCAUGUGGUGUGAUUGUUCACCGGAGGCACUGUCCGUUUAAAGGGCCUCUAGAGGGGCUGCGCCCCGGGGGCUGACACAGCGGACACGAGGGUUCAAUGGUAGGCACGCACGCCAGCGCACGAGCUAUCAACAUUUCGUGGACUUUUGCCGAGACUUUUUUAUGGGGCUGUGCUCCAGCUGCGGCAAAUCAAAGGACCGAUUUAAAGAUAAAUCGUCGAAAAUAUGUGGCCAACUACAUUCAGUCGUUACACCCCUUCAUGUGUCACAUGAGCCCACAAGUUCGAACAAUUUGAACGGGCAUUUGCCUGUUCAAAAUCACGUCAACGCAAGACCGUACUCUUCAGGUAAUAUGGCAACAUCUUUCCCCAAUAUGAACAUCACCAACCCUAUACGGGGGCUGGUCAGCAAGAGGAGGAUCCGAUACAAGCAGGACGGGUUCAAUCUCGACCUGACAUACAUAACCGAUAGCAUAAUAGCAAUGGGUUACCCGGCGUCCAACAUCGAAGGCGUGUACCGCAACCACAUCGACGAUGUGGUGAAGCUCCUCGAUUCGAAACACAACAACCACUACUUCAUCUACAACUUGUGUUCGGAACGCACUUACGACACGUCCAAGUUCCACAACCGAGUACAAACCUUUCCGUUCGACGACCACAACCCGCCCAAAAUCGAGUUGAUUCAGCCGUUUUGUCACAGCGUUCACGAUUGGCUGAGCAAAGAUCCAGAGAACGUGGCCGUAGUUCAUUGCAAGGCGGGGAAAGGGCGCACCGGGACCAUGAUUUGCUGUUACCUUUUGCAUAGUGGAGCUUUUGCUACCGCUGACGAAGCCCUCGACCAUUACGGACAAGCACGGACGCAAGAUCACAAAGGGGUCACCAUUCCCAGCCAAGUGCGAUAUAUCCGUUACUACGAGACCCUGCUUAGGAACAAGUUGUUGUAUGUGCCUGUGUCGAUGUACAUCAAGCAGAUUGUUUUGGAGCCGGUGCCGAAUUUUGCAGGAGGCCAAGGCUAUGUGUGUUUUUCGAUAUCGCAACAGACGCUACAAGGACAAGACGAUACACAACAAAAGUGCACCAAAUUGUAUAAAAGCGGAGUCUACGAAGUGAAGAGAGGUGUAUCGCAGUUGCUUAUCACGAUGGAUUUGUGUUUGGUGCUAAAUGGAGAUAUUAAAAUCGAGUUUUAUAACAAGUCGAAGAUUGGAAGGAAAGAGAGAGUGUUUCAGUUUUGGUUUAAUACAUUUUUUGUGAUGUACCAAGAGGACAGAACGAACGAAUUGAUUGAACAAAACGGAAGUGGUGAAUCGAAACAGAGUUGCGUGUUGACGUUAAAAAAGGACGAACUUGAUAUCGUUAAUAAAAAAGACAAACAGAAUAAAGUGUUUAGUGCUGACUUUCGGUUGACUUUGCUUCUUGAAAAAGUUCCAAAGAACCAACCGAAUUGGAGGACAUAUACCCCUGAAAUCCCCCGAUUAUCUCAAGACACACCUAGCGAAAGUUCAGAAGCCGAAUGGUCAGAAGAAAACGAUUCAGCAGAAGAAGGCUGGGAAAGCGUCCUGGAUGAAGGCGAGACCCUAAUGGAUGAUCCUCGAGGUGUUGGCUACAGAAUAUUAUCAGAAUGCGAGUUAGCUUCGCAACUAACAACAUCAAGCAGCGGCGACCAACAACCGGAAUUAUUCGUUUUUGUUUAUCUACCCUGGGCGUCCCUCAAGGCUCGCAUCCGAGACCGUUUCUAUUCGCAAGUAAUAAUAACACAAAAUCGAGUACAAAAAGCAGCCGGAUUACAGUUUAUUAAAUUGGUGUGUCAGUCAGAUAGAUUAUUAGGGAACAGCGACGUCUACCUCAAAAUUUUUUCUUCGUAGGACAAUCACAUUUUUUGCUUAGUGAUGAUUCUGGUUUUUUGAAUUUAAUAAACUGUAUUGUGUAAGCUCAAGUUGUAAGAAUGUAUUUUCCGUUAAUGAGACAAUGAUUAAAAAGAUAUAAUAAUUCUCUCGUUGGUCUGAUUUUUAUUAUUAUUUUUUUUUUCGUAUAAAAAGCCUCCGAACAAAUACGGAUUUCAGGUAAUUAUGUGUAAAUUGUGCUUGUGCUUAUUUGUGUUGUGUGUACAAUGUUGGGAAAUCAGUCUUACUUAAAUUUAUUUCUAGGGGAGUCCACGUACCUGUGAAUGGGAGGCUCAAAGGGCAUGCAUCGUACAAAACUGUAAAUAUUGCAUGUAGAGAAGGGAUUGUGUCAUUAUUUUUUUUUGAUCAUUCAUUCAUCCGCUUGCUUUUUUUAAACCAAGUUUAAAAUCAGUCAAAACACUUUUUAAUUAUGAGAGUACAAAUGCUUUUUUGAUCUCAUUUCAUUUUAUCUUGCCAAUGUUAGUACUUUGGUUACCGGUUAUUAUAAGAUUUUUGCCAUUUUCCCCCUAACCCUCUCCCUAGUUUUUUUUGUAGGGAAAUUUAGAAAUGAACUAAUUGUGAACCGAAUUGCCAGUACAAUAUGAAGACUGAAUGAAGAAUAAUUUAACGAUCCAAAACUGUAUACGAUUUCUUGUUCAGGCUUCAGUUCUAAUUUUCCCUAAUUUUAUAAUUGUAAUAACUUAACGAAAAUUUCUCUCUUCCCUAGAAAAGGCUGUUAAAUUAUUUUAUUAAGACCAAUAAUUUGUAUGCUCGAAUUAUUUAGUGCAUAGUUUUUUUCUCAAUGUAUUUUUUUACAUUAGGAAGUACCUUCUUAUAAGUUAAACUUAGAACAUGUUUUAAUUUUUCUCUUUGUGUUUCAACAAUAGAAACAAGUUGUACUUACGAUGCCAAAUUUUGUUAAUGUUUUAACUGAUUUUAAUUGAAAACAAUCUCGAACCCAGUGUAUGGUCUUCAGAAAAAUAUUUUUUAACAUGGUACCAACCAGUUUUAUAAUAUAAAAAUUGUAUUAUAAGGUUAAAGUAACAAAAAUUAUGUGACUGCGUCAUUAUUAUUGAACGAAAAUAAAGUAAACCACUAUUUUUAUAUAUAAAUACAUAAUUGUAUGGUUAUUAUAGUUUUUAUAUUGAUAUUGCUUAUUGUGAUUGUGAUCCAAGAUUAAUAUUAUAUUUUAAGUUAUUAGAUCUGAGAACACUGCUGGAGAUGAUUUGGUAGUGUCAUAAUUUUUUCAAAUCAGAUCUGAGCGCACUGCUGGAGACUAUGGUAGUGUCAUAAAUUAAAAAUAAAAGCUUUAAAAAG